AUGUGCGCCGACCGGCCGCCUAAAACCAAAAAAAUGGAGGACACGGCAUCUGCUUGUCUGUUUUCAUUUGGUGUGAUUUCAGACAUUCAGUAUGCUGACAUAGACAACCGCCUGAACUCCACAAAGACACACACAAGAUACUACCGCAAUGCCGUGGCACUUCUGACUAAAGCCAUAGACUACUGGAACAGUGAUGUCUCAUCGAUGCGGCCAGAUUUUGUCAUGCAGUUGGGAGAUAUCAUUGAUGGUUUUAACAAUGAAGGAGGCAAGACACAAUCACUGCGCAGUCUCAGAGUAAUCUUGAACCAGUUUGAUAGGCUUCCAUGUACUGUACAUCAUGCACUCGGCAACCAUGAGUUCUACAAUUUCAAUCGAGUUGAGAUAAUGAACAGUAGGCUUUUCUCGGGAGUUCAGUUUGAGACUACUCCAAGAGAUUCCAAGUGUGAGUGUUUUCCUGACUUGAUCCAGCCCGAUGAAUUCAGUGCAGAGGGGUUGGCUUCAUAUUACCAUUUCAGCCCAGCUCCAGGAUUUCGGUUUGUGGUCUUAGACACAUUCAAUGAAAGCAUCAUUGGUCAUGUGGAAAAGUGCCCCAUUCAUCAGCAGUCACUGCAUCGUGUACGUACAGUCAACAAGAACGAUGAUCUGGAAUCUCCUGCUGGGUUGAAAGUCUCCGAAAAGCGAUUUCUGGCUUAUAAUGGAGGGCUUGGAGAGAAGCAGCUGGAAUGGCUGGAAGAUAUACUGCAAGGAGCAUGCUCCGCUAAGGAAAAAGUCAUCUUGUUUGGGCAUGUUUCAAUCUACCCAGUCAAUGGAGAUCACACAUGUCUGUUGUGGGAUUACCCAAAGGUUGAUAAGAUGUUGCGAGCCUUUCCCUGCGUUGUUGCUGCAUUUGCCGGCCAUACCCACAACUAUGCACACACCAUUGAUGCGUCGUCUGGUAUCCACUUUGUUACCUUGCCUGGUAUAGUGGAGGUUCCACCCGGCAGUAACGGCUUUGGCACCAUUCUGGUGUACGCCGACAAACUUGUCCUUCAUGGAGUUGGACAAAUGGAUUCUCUUGAGAUGAUAUUUGCUUAAUUAAAGCAUCCAAAUGACUGAUUUCUUAUAACACAUCGUGGGUUUAUGCUUUAUGGUGGGUUUAGAGUGAGUGUGGUGAGAUUAUGCAAUGCAAAUUAAUGAUAUUAUUGAUAGGAUUUCUCUGUUCUUCUCUUAUUGUACAUAAUAGUUAUCCAAAGGAAGACAAGUGUUACAUGUGUUUGUUUAUGGUAUAAAUCGAGGACACACACGUGCAACAUUAUCGAUGAAUCGAGGACUCCUCGGUUGGAAAACAUGUACAAAACCAAUGAGAGCCGUUGCGAAAAAGUUACAAACAAAGGAAAAGGGAAGAGGAACAAAAGAAAAUCCUCAAUUUACACCAUCAACAAACGUGCUAGUGUGUGUGUGUGUGAUCUUCCAAUACAAUGCACUGUACUUUUGUAAGCUCUGUUGAUAUCGAUAUUUUUUAUUAGGUUAUGGAAAUUUGUGUGUGUUUUCCUAUUAUAUUUGAAAACAAAAUAGUGUGGAUGGGUGGAAAAAAAUCUUUUUUUUUCUUCAAAUGCCACAAACAUACAAUUAAACGACUACCUCAGUACUCAUUGAUAUUCUCGAGUCAUCUCCAUCUAUCAUUUUGGUGAGGCCAAAGUUUAGAGUAUUUUUAUUUGGUUUGGACUCCCCCAAAAAUUAAACACUUCUAAAUUUUCUCAAGAGGGAGCGGAAACCAAAGAUAAACAUGAACCUCAGGUUUGAAAUAGUCCUGAUAUAAUAAAUUUGAAAUACAGUUUGUGUCUGCUGACUUGGCAGUAUAAUGGAAAUCCUCUUAAGAAUCUUGCCCUUUUUUUCUAAGUUAUGCAUCUUUACUCUCCUUUUUAAUAGAUAAUGCAUCAAAUAUGAAUGUACAUGUAGAUUUUGUUUAAGCUCAAUGCAAAAAAAAAAAUAUUAAUUUAUUAAGUUAUUCGGAAAACAUUUUGAACUUAAAGUGCUACCUUACUUUUCCAUUGGAAAACAGUUUCAACAUACUUAUUUAUUCUACUUGGUAUGCAGUAUUAUGUCCUAUGUACACAAAGCUUUAAUACAUCUCACAGAUUUUAUUGUUUAAUAAAUAGAUUUUGAACUUUUAUUGUUGGGAGAGUAUUUUGCAACAUUUCAUAUUGAGGUGUUUAUUCAAUGUAAAAUAAAUUGGUUCUAAACAUUGAAUGUUUGGAGAGUCUUUUAAACAUUCCAUAUUAAAUUUUUCAAUGAAUUUAAAAUGUGAUAUUUUAUUCCAUGUUAAAUGUCUAUCUAAAGCCAAACAAUAUUGCUUACCAAAGUUAUAACCUGGGAAAAAUAAAAAGAACUAGUCAUUAGCAAUUAA